GAUCCGUUCGUCAAGCCAAGCGAAGUGCUCCUUCCACUACAUUUCCACCGAUUCGGCCGACGCUCUGGACCAUUCACUACUCUGUCCACCCUCACUGUUCUGUCGAGAUAAUUUCUUGAAAUCUUCGAUACCUUAGAGGUACACUAUAGCUCACCUUGUUGAUCUUUCAUUUUGAAGAAUCCCCUCCGUGCCUCGUCCCAUAUCAGCGGAAGCUCUUUUUGUCCUUGGGCAUAUUAUCCGUGACAGCUUCAACAGACACGUCGUUGAUCGGCCUCCGCUGUGAACCAUCUAAAUGGGUGCCGGGAGCUUUGAGUGGAGAUAGAUUCUCAUGUCGUCCAGAGUCACUCGCUCCUCAGCGAGACUUGCAGCAGAAUCCGCCCAAUCUACUGCUAGUCAACCGUCGGUGACGAACGCCCGCCCUCAAGCACGCAAACGAAAGGCUGCGGCCGCUCAAGAUCAGACAACAGAAGAACCACCGGAGCCUGUUCCCGCUUCCCCUCCCCGAAAGACAAAACGACGGAAGACUACGACCGAAACCCCAUCAAGAGCCGCUCCGGCGAAUCGAAGGAAGAGGGGGAACAAUACUACGGCAAUGUCGAGCUCUAGUACGCCGGCUGGGCCCUCGAAUGACUCUGCCAAGCCAUCGGCAGCGGCUUCAAACUCAUCUAGGCGAAAGUCAAAUCGUAGCAGAAAGAACGCUCAAGAUGAUUCAACAUCGACGGCCUCUGGAAGCAGACGCACGAGAAGAUCAGGUAGCAAGCGAGACAAUGAUGUGACCAUGAGAGAUGAGGAACAUGCAAUUCAACCGCCAAGUGACGAUGACGACCCAGCAGAGGAAGAUCUCAGCGACGAGGAGGACGAGGAUCAGAUUGCAAGAGAUUAUACAGAGGAGGACGAUGAUGAAGAUGGAGAUGAAGAUGAUCCUUUUGGCAGCGGUUAUCUUGGAGGAGCAGGUGCUGCCCUCGGUCUAUCAAGCACGCUGAGGGCGCUCACCGGCAUGAUGUCUGGGACAUCCGCUCGCUUCAGGGAUAUACUUAAUAACUUGAGGGAAAAGGAUGAUCCUUCGGUACAACUGAUUGCGUUGCAGGAAUUGUCCGAAAUCUUUCUCGUCUCGACGGAGGACAACCUAUCUGGCCACUUUUCUCCUGACCAAUUUGUCAAGGAGCUGGUUGCCUUAAUGCAGCCGAAUGAUUUUGGAGAAGAGAAUCCUGAAAUCAUGUUACUUGCGUGCCGAUGUAUCGCUAAUCUCAUGGAGGCUUUGCCCUCAUCGACGGCCAAUGUAGUGUACUGCGGCGCUGUUCCCGUCCUCUGCCAAAAAUUGCUGGAGAUUAACUUCAUUGACCUCGCGGAACAAGCGCUUAGUACCCUUGAAAAAAUCUCCGUUGAAUUCCCAGGCUCCAUCGUUCGAGAAGGCGGCCUCACUGCCUGCUUGACCUAUCUGGAUUUCUUUGCUACUAGCACCCAGCGUACGGCAGUCACAACAGCCGCAAAUUGCUGCAGGAACAUUCCCGAGGACUCUUUCCCGGUCAUCCGCGAUGUGAUGCCAAUCUUACUUAAUGUUUUGAGCAGCAGCGACCAGAAAGUUGUCGAGCAAGGCUGUCUUUGCGUGUCACGAGUCGUGGAGAGCUUCAGAAAUAGCCAUGACAAGCUAGAAGAGCUCAUCAGCACCGACUUGCUUAGAGCUGUUUUGCGCCUCCUCCUUCCAGGAGCCACAAACCUUAUUGGUCCAAACAUCCAUACUCAAUUUCUUCGUGUCUUGGCGAUAACGGCCCGAGCGAGUCCGGCGCUCUCUGCGGAACUAUUCAAGAUGAAUAUCGUAGACACGAUUUACCAAAUCCUUACUGGCGUCUCACCGCCCAAUGGCACGGAAGACGUGGCCUCGAAGAUUGAUAGUGUUGUCAUCAUGCAAGCUUUGAUCCACAGACCCCGUGAACAAGUCUUCGAAACGCUGAAUGUGAUCUGCGAGCUCUUACCAGGUCUGCAGCAAGAUAGUCUUUCUUUUCCCGUUGACCAGGACGAGGAUCGCUACCUCGGGGUUCAAAUCAUUGCCGCAUCGCGUUCCUCCCGGUCGCGAAAACAAUCUCCCAACGAGAAGCGUAUUCAUCUUCUGCAAUCAUGCAAAAGUGAGCUCAGGAGGUUCGCUACCAUCCUGUUGCCGACAUUGACCGAUGCUUAUUCGAGCACUGUCAAUCUCAAUGUGCGGCAAAAAGUGCUCACUGCUCAGUUGAAGAUGCUCUCGAACUUUGAAUCAGACAUCCUGAAGGAAUCGCUUCGCAAUGUGCCCUAUGCUUCGUUUCUUGCUUCAAUACUUUCUCAAAAAGAUCACCUCACCCUUGUCACCUUUGCUCUUCAAGCCGCAGAGAUUCUUUUAAAACGACUUGAGCCAAUUUAUCGCUACCAAUUCUAUCGAGAAGGUGUAAUCGCAGAAAUUUCCAAGCUUGCGGCUAGCACUCCCGCCAAGGAAGACGAUAAAUCGGUAACUAUAAAAUCCGAAAAUCGAAACCCGGCCAGUCGACCGGCUGAGCCUGUUUCAACACCCAGCUUGAAGCAUCAUACCGAAGAGGAUCACGGUCUGUCCGACGACGACAUAGAAGAUGACGAGCAUGAUGAUUUGAAUGAAGACAUGUCGCUCUCUCCAAGCUCGCCAUCAUCCUCUGAUGACGAUUUCCCAAUCUCUUCCGACUCCUCAUCUACAGAAGAUCUUAUACGUUUCCGUGCCAGGAAAUUCCUAGAAGCACAUGAAGACCAUACUAGCACGGACAUGCGAGGUAAAGCAACCAAUAUCUUGAAUGACUUGCAAAGCCUUGCCCAAGAUAUAAAACAGCGCUAUUUAGGGAAGAGCGCGUCUAACGGCCUCGAACUGUUCCACCGCCUUGCUCAUUAUUUUGAUGGCGAUGCCCUAGAAAGCAUUACAAGCUCCGAGCUAUUAAGCUCAGAUAUUGUACAGGUGCUUUUGGAGGUAUUCAGUAACCCUGAUGAACAAGCCAGCAACGAAGCCAGAGCCACCUUUCUUGAGGUCUUCAUGAACUCUGCCAAGCGAACUAAAAUGAGGACCUCAAGCACAAGCUCCCCGGCGACCCCGUUUAGCAUUCUUGUGCACAAGCUUCAAAUUCUGCUAAGCCGUGCAGAACAUUUCGAAGUCAUCACCGUGCACCAAAAUUCAUUUGACAGCAAUAAAAGCAGUGCAGCAUCAAUGCUAGCCAAGCAAAUUCGGCUCAAGUUGGUUGCGGAUGAUGAGUCCGAGGUUCCGCGACCCUAUAGAAAUAUAAUGGUCUCAAUCCAUGCUAUUGCGACCUUCAAAGCUCUUGACGAUUAUCUUCGUCCUAGAAUUAGUCUACCGGAGCGAUCGCGCAUGCUCAGAAACCGGGACGGCGUUUCAGGGGCGUUGGCAGCUUUCGCUGCCGCAGCAGGGCUUACAAACCCUGGAGAUCGGAUGGGUGCCGAUACAAACCGUUCCGAUCCAAGUCUAUCUGGGUCUGCGGCACCGCCACGAAGCUCGCGAAAGAGCUCCAAGAUGAAGACUAAGGGCGCUAGUGGGCAGAUGACAUCAGAACAGCAAGAAAAAUUGUCGGGUCCGCGUCGGUCCUCGCGCAAGCAGAAAGAUCAAACGAGCUCUCCCGCAGUCCCAAGGCCUCCACCUGAUUCAGACGACGUCAGGGACCCCUUGGAGUGUGCGGACGAGACGCAACUCACAGAUGAGGAGAAUGAAUUGGACGAGAGCAGCGCUCUAGAUGCAAUAGUUGAUGACUUUGGUGAAGAUUUGGGUGAUGACGAUGAUGAGCCUUCCGACCCUUCUGCCAUCAAUAUGGAACUUGGCUCUACGGGAAAGGUUACUGCACGCAAAGAAGAUGGUGCUCGUGUUGCCACGCCUUCUCGGACCAGCGGAACUUCAUCUACUACAGCUCCUUCCCUUCCGAACCAGGCUCAAACACCCCGUACACCAAAUCUCACCCCGACAGCUCGGCCAAUGUCGUAUGCUGCUGCAAUCCAGGCGACGCCACAAGACUGGCAUAUAGAAUUCACCAUUGAUGGCCAGUCAAUCUCAAAUGAGACCACCAUCUAUCGUGCCGUCCACUUCAACAAGCCGCAAAGUGACGAGUCAUCUGCUCGAACGGUGUGGUCUGCGGUUCAUCCCGUCAGAUUUAGGCGCGUUCCAGGACCUCCUCCACCAGAGCCGAGUUCCUUGACCCCUCCUCCAGAAUCAGUAUCCCCUCCACAAGCCUCCGGCUUGCCUCUGUCUCUGGACAAAAACCCAAUCACAUCAUCAAUUUUACGUCUGCUGAACAUCCUCCACGCAUUGAAUGCGAAUCUGGACGAUGUGCUUGCCGAGAACAAGAAAGCCUUGAGCCUCAACGCUGAACCGCUUGCGCAGUUCGUAAACACAAAACUCACUGCAAAGUUGAAUAGGCAACUUGAAGAGCCUCUUAUCGUCGCCAGCAAUUGUCUUCCGAGCUGGAGCGAGGACCUUGCUCGUCUUUACCCUUUCCUCUUUCCAUUUGAGACGAGGCAUCUGUUUCUACAGUCAACCUCGUUUGGGUACUCUCGCUCAAUGACAAGGUGGCAGAAUGUCCAAUCGAACGACUCAAGGCAGGACCGUCAUCGGGAUGAGCGUCCUUUCCUUGGCAGGCUACAACGGCAAAAAGUCCGCAUCUCAAGGACGCGCAUCCUCGAGUCUGCCAUCAAAGUCAUGGAGCUCUACGGCGCAUCCCCAAGCAUCCUCGAAGUCGAAUACUUUGAAGAGGUUGGCACUGGGCUUGGGCCAACUUUGGAAUUCUACUCAACUGUUUCUAAAGAGUUCUCAAAGAAGAAAUUGAAACUUUGGCGAGAGAACGAAUCCGCAAGUCGAGAUGAGUAUGCCUUUGGGAAGAAGGGACUAUUUCCGGCACCGAUGAGCGAAAAGCAAGCGGACUCUGAAAAUGGCAGAAGAGUGCUUCAUCUCUUUAAAAUGCUGGGCAAGUUUGUGGCACGAUCCAUGCUAGAUUCUCGCAUCAUCGAUGUCUCUUUUAAUCCAACUUUCUUCCGGGUUGGAGACGGUCCCGUUACCGUGGUCCCCUCGCUUGGAGCCGUGAAAACAGUAGAUGACGACCUAGCAAAAUCCUUGAAACUGUUCAAACAGUUCAUGACUGAGAAGAGAAAGAUUGACGAAGAUCAAACGUUUGACCCAGGGCAAAAGGCUCGAGCAGUCGCAAAUGUCAGGGUUCACGGCGCUCGAGUGGAGGAUUUAGAACUCGAUUUUACCCUCCCCGGUUAUCCGUCGAUUGAGUUGAUUCCGAAUGGAUCAAAUGUACCAGUCACCAUAGAGAAUGUGGGGCAGUACGUGGAGCGGGUCAUUGACCUUACCCUCGGAAGCGGUGUACAGAAGCAAGUGAAAGCGUUUACAACGGGGUUCUCCCAGGUGUUUCCUUAUUCAGCUCUGAGCGCCUUUACCCCUGGAGAGCUUGUGAUGCUGUUUGGUCGGGUGGAGGAAGAUUGGUCACUCGAGACUUUGACUGAUUCUAUCAAAGCCGAUCACGGCUAUAAUAUGGACAGUAAAAGUGUUCGGAAUCUGUUGCAAGCCAUGAGUGAGAUGUCCAUCCCGGAGAGGCGCGACUUCCUUCAAUUUGUUACUGGGAGCCCGAAGCUGCCAAUAGGAGGAUUUAAGAGCCUAACCCCGAUGUUUACCGUCGUCUGCAAGCCGAGCGAACCCCCGUACACUUCGGACGAUUAUCUCCCAAGCGUUAUGACUUGCGUCAACUACCUCAAGUUACCAGACUAUACUACCCUGGAUACCUUGCGCCAAAAGCUCAAUGUUGCGGUAAAGGAAGGCCAAGGCGCCUUCCACUUAUCUUGAACAAUAUCAUGACCCUGAAAACGCUGCACAGGGACUAAUAUAUCCCUCAAAUUCUCGUUCUAGCAUUCUUACCAAUUCCACACCCGCUGGUCUAUCAUAUGUCGGCGUCUGAUUGCAAAUUGCCGGGGUUUUCUGCGGGAGCUGAGAGGUUGUGUGUUAUUUAUCUGAAGUAUUGAUGGAACCAAUGCCUCUCUAUACCAUCGGAACUACAUGGGCUUUCUUGUAGCUGGAAUACAUAUUCUCUUACUCUCUUUCUUGAAUCAUCGAUGCAUAGCUGUAGAUGGAAGGCGUAAGGUCUCGGGCUCAAUAUAAUUUAUCUAGCUUUCAAAUCUGUCCCACU